AUGUCUGCUCCAGCUCCUGCUCCAGAAGGUCAACAACAACAAAGAAGAGGUGGUUUCGGUGGUAGAAACAGAGGCCGUGGUGGUAGAAGAGGUGGUAGAACCGAAGAAAAGGGUUGGGUUCCAGUCACCAAGUUAGGUAGAUUAGUCAAGGCUGGUAAGAUUACCACCAUUGAAGAAAUCUUCUUGCACUCUUUGCCAGUCAAGGAAUUCCAAAUCAUUGACACUUUGUUGCCAAACUUGUCCGAUGAAGUUAUGAACAUCAAGCCAGUUCAAAAGCAAACCAGAGCCGGUCAAAGAACCAGAUUCAAGGCUGUUGUCAUUGUCGGUGACUCUAACGGUCACGUUGGUUUAGGUAUCAAGACCGCCAAGGAAGUUGCUGGUGCCAUCAGAGCUGGUAUCAUCAUCGCUAAGUUGUCUGUUAUUCCAAUCAGAAGAGGUUACUGGGGUUCCAACUUGGGUCAACCUCACUCUUUGGCUACCAAGACCUCUGGUAAGUGUGGUUCCGUUACCGUCAGAUUGAUCCCAGCCCCAAGAGGUUCUGGUAUCGUUGCUUCUCCAGCUGUUAAGAAGUUGAUGCAAUUGGCCGGUGUUGAAGAUGUCUACACUCAAUCCAACGGUUCUACCAGAACCUUGGAAAACACCUUGAAGGCUGCUUUCGUUGCCAUCGGUAAUACUUACGGUUUCUUGACCCCAGACUUAUGGGCUGAACAACCAUUGCCAUUGUCUCCAUUGGACAUCUACGCUGAUGAUGCUGUUGCCCAAAAGAAGAGAUACUAA